CUUGUUCCCUCCUCGUCAUAUUCCCUCCUCUCCUCAUUUUCUUCGUCCCAAGUUCCCAGCAUUCGAAAUUCCUUCAAAGAGUCGUUCUUCAAAAAAUUUCUCGGGCGUGUAUUGACUCACAAAAUACGAUGGCUGAGCGACCGGCUGUCUCAAGCACUCCUCCGAAAUCCCCUGUACGAGAGGCUGAGGCAGCAUCUCCAACGAUUGCACCAGCCACCGCCGCCCAGUCGCCUCCGGCUGUGAUUUCAACAAUCACGUCACCGAGCUCUGGCCAAUCUCCUGGGGCUGCAUUAGUAGAGGAACCACUAGAGACGGCAUCUGAGUCCCCAAAUGCAGUCGUGGAGGCCCAAGACGAGACCGAUGAUGACGGUGACGGUUACCAGUCAGCGUCCGAAAGAGAAUCCAACGCAUCAACUACGCUGGCGUCCACAAUUCGUGAUUUCAACUUUGAAAAUAAAAGGAGAUACCACAAGUUCAAGGAAGGCAGAUAUGCAUUUCCUAACGAUGAUGCUGAGCAAGAAAGGGAGGAUAUGAAGCACUCCAUGGUGGUCACCCUUUGCGGCGGGGCACUACACAGUGCGCCCCUCGAGAGUCCUCAGAAGAUCCUAGAUGUUGGAACCGGAACUGGCAUAUGGGCAAUUGACAUGGGUGACGAAUAUCCGGAAGCUGAGGUCACGGGCAUCGAUCUCAGCCCUAUUCAACCUCCAUAUGUCCCAGCCAAUGUUGCUUUCAUUGUUGACGAUGCUGAAGCCGAAUGGCUGUACCCAGCAAACUCUCUUGAUUACGUUCACAUGCGAAACAUGGGUGCAGCGAUCAAAGACUGGGAAAAGCUCCUUGCCCAAGCUUUCCGCGCCUUGAAACCAGGAGGCUGGAUUGAACUCCAGGACAUGAAGUGGAACUUCAAUUGCGACGAUGAUACAAUGCCCCCGGACUAUGCCCUCACCAAGAUGAUGAAGCUUGUGUGGGAAGGCCUUGGAAAAUUUGGCAUCGAAGCAGAUGUCGCCGACAUCAGCCCGAAACGUCUUGACGAUGCGGGCUUUAUCAAUCAAGUACAAGAUGUUCAAAAGGUUCCCGUGGGCGAGUGGCCAAAGGGAGAAGAUCUGAAAAUGAUUGGAGCAUACUGCAAAGCUGUUCUCUACGACGGCAUACAUGGAGUCACGAUGGGUCCACUUACACGAGGUCUGGGAUGGUCUGCCCCUGAGGUCGAGAUUUUCCUGAUUGAUGUACGAAAAGAUCUACUCAAUACCGGCAUUCACUCUUAUGUAUUCUACCACUCCGUUGCGGGUCAGAAACCGAAGGAGUCUGCCGCUUGAGUUGAGCACGAAGGCCAUCAAUUCACUUGGUUGACGUAGAUGAUGCCAUAAUCAAUAUAUUUCGCUCAACUGCGCCGUCUAAGUAGGGUUUGAGAAUGAUUGUCAAAGAGGCUCUGGAUUAUGACUUUACUCCCUGAAACCUUUGUUUACAUGGGACAAAUUCAUGGAAUUCUAGUCUCCAGUCGGUAAUGGCGGUGCUCGAUGGCUUAGCCUUGAAUGGCAUCAAUCCACUUGCUUCUUUAUCAGCCAAGUGCCGUUAGGAAUAUCUGAGAGGAUGAACUCACUUAUCAUUCUAGUCACUAUCUUC